AUGUUGCAAUGUUGUAUUCUUGUUGUGUUAAUAUACUUUACAAAGUGCGUAUUUGUUGCAACUGAUGUUGAAAUAUCUAAAAGUGACGCAGAUUUUGGGACGGAUAUUAUAACGAAGUUAAGAGAUGAUGCCAAUUUAGAUUUGUCUGCGGAUGAGGAAUACGAAGAUUUACGUGCGGAAUUGCUUGCUUAUCACACCGCCCUCGCGUCACUAGCUUCAACUCGAAGAUCUUUAACAACAACACCAUGCUGGCAACUGGGUGGCAUUUGUAUUGAUGGGAAACUUUGCACUGGAUUUCGGUUUCUAACGGAGGUACCCGGCUGUAAAGAUAAGCUAAAAGUAUGCUGUUUCGCCUGGAAUCGUUUCAAUGUACGAGACAUGAGUGAAUAUGGAUUUAAUACAUUGGCUUUACCGUGGAAGAUGCAUCCGGAGUUCGGUGGUAAAGGUAUUAGUGUCCUUGACAAAGGAAAGAAGAAGAAAAAACGCACUAAGAAAAAGGAAACUAAGAAUGACGAUGACGCUAAAAAAUCUUUAAGGUCACAAAUGCUGCUCUUACUUUAA